CCUUUUAUUAAGGAAAAAUCUGAGAACUGAAAAAUCUAACCUUUAUUUUGUUGGAUUUACCAGUUGCAAAGAUUGAAACUUCGUGAAUCGUGUGAUUCUUUCGAACAAUCUAAUUUAGAUUUAUUUUCUUUUUCUUACCAUAUUUUGUUUUUGUUCGUAAAAACGAUUUUUUGGUAAUGUCGUCACCAGACAUUGUCGGAAUUCUGGAAAACACGAAGGAACUUGAUCGGUUAAGGAAAGAACAAGAAGAAGUUUUGGUUGAGAUCAAUAAGAUGCAUAAAAAGCUUCAAGCUUCUCCUGAGAUAGUUGAGAAGCCUGGUGAUAUUUCAUUGGCAAAGCUUAAGAAUUUGUACAUUCAAGCAAAAGAGCUCUCCGAAAAUGAAGUAACCGUAUCGAACAUUUUGCUUACUCAAUUGGAUUUGCUGCUUCCAUAUGGACCAACAGGGCAGCAAAGAAGAAAAUUAGGAGUGGCAGAAGGCAAUGAUCAGAAGAGGAAGAGGAUGAAAGUUGAUUCAGAUGUAAUAAGACUUUCUCCUUCCAUGAGAAAUCAAAUCGAAGCAUAUGCAAGUCUGAAGGGUGAACAGGUUGCUGCAAGAGUUACUGCAGAGAGUGCUGAUAAGGAUGAAUGGUUUGUGGUUAAAGUAAUUCACUUCGAUAGAGAAACAAAAGAAGUUGAAGUACUUGAUGAAGAACCAGGAGAUGAUGAAGAAGGAAGCGGUCAGAGGACCUAUAAGUUGCCAAUGUCAUGCAUUUUACCAUUUCCCAAACGAAACGAUCCUUCGAACACCCAAGAGUUUUCAACGGGUAAAUACGUCUUAGCUGUAUAUCCCGGGACAACAGCACUCUACAAAGCAACUGUAGUAAGCACCCCACGAAAGAGGAAGUCUGACGAGUACUUGCUUGAAUUCGACGACGAUGAGGAAAAUGGAGCAUUGCCUCAAAGAACAGUACCUUUCCACAAAGUGGUAGCUUUACCAGAAGGUCAUCGCCAGUGAAAAAAAACAACGCCGGUAUCCAUGAUUACACCAGUCUCUUGUAAUUAUCGAAGAAUUCAGUAUGCAUGGCACGACCAAUCAGAAAAAACUCGAGGUCAUAGAUAUUCUUUCUUGUAGUUUCAGAGGGUAGAUUGAGAUAAGUUCAUGUUUGUGAGUUAAAGCUGUAACCUUUGUGUUAAAGGAGAUGAUGAAAUGAGAGAACAAAAGACAUCUUAACUUAUCUAAAUGAUUCUAUUGAAUGAACCAUUAG